GUCAUCAACCAGCGCCAACACUCCACACGGAGAAGUACCCACGACCUUUCAUGCUGCAAGCUGUACAGCAUUCAGCUUAUAAUGUGUUCUUCAGAUGUUUUUUAUUAGACUUUAAGUGUGUGUGAGACUGCAGAAGGAAAACCGGGAGCGACAUGUUUCGUUGCACUUUAGUGAUUCAUGGUAGAGGAGCAGCUAAAAGGUUCGCCUCGUCAUUCACUGGAGAUAGUGCGUUGCCUCCAAAUCUACUGCUGCCCACAAACCUUGUAGAUCCUACAAGAUUAAAGCGUCCUCCUCCUCCUGCUGACUGCUCUCUGCCUCUCUUGAGGAGGUGUGAUGCUGUCGUUCCAGCUCACCUGAGUCCAGUCCCGACGUGGGUGGAGACUCUGGAGAGUCGGGACAGUGAACCGUUGGGUUUGGCUCAGCUACACCCGGAUGUGUUCGCAGUGCCUCCAAGACUCGACAUUCUGCAUCAGGUUGAAAUAUGGCAGAAAAAUUUUAAAAGAAUUAGCCACGCCCACACAAAGGUCAGGUCAGAAGUCAGAGGUGGAGGCAAGAAACCAUGGCGACAGAAAGGAAGCGGACGAGCACGACACGGAAGCAUCCGCUCACCGAUAUGGAGAGGAGGUGGGGUGGCUCAUGGACCCAGAGGGCCGACCAGUUAUUACUACAUGUUACCCAUGAAGGUCCGAGUGCAGGGACUUAAAGUGGCUCUGAGCUCCAAGAUGGCUCAGGAUUAUCUUUACAUUGUGGACUCUCUGAACAUCCCCACCCCUGACCCUCAGUACCUGCUGGAUCUGAUCAGACACAGACACUGGGGAGAGUCCGUGUUAAUAGUGGAUGUAGGUGAAGAGAUUCCUGAGAACAUCCUUCAGGCAACAGAAAGUCUGAAGACAGUGAAUAUUAUUCCUGCCGUUGGUCUGAACGUCCACAGCAUGCUGAAACAUGAAGCACUCAUCCUCACUCUGAACACCAUCAAGUUUCUGGAAGACAAACUGCUGUGGCACGACCAGCGAUAUUCACCUCUUUACCCAUUCAAACUGCCGUACUCUGAUUUCCCAUAAAGACAUGAAAUGACCUGUAAUAUAUACACACUGCAGUGACAAAUGUUUUCUUUGUGUUUAUUACAUUCAAAAAAACAAAAGAAUAAAUAUCACAAUGAUAAAAAACAGUAAAAAGUGUUAUAAAAAGUUUCUUAAAGGCAGGUGGACAUAAAGGCCUAAAAUCGAUAACUGUGUGGCAAGAGACCGUUGGCCAAGUCGUUCCUGAUUUCCCAGCGCAGCGCUGAGCGCUUCUUCUCUGUUGGCACGAUGUAGGUGUUCGGCACGUAAACUCUGCGAGGUUUAGGCUGCAACAAAACAAAAGGAAACGGUUGUGUUACUGCAUCACUAAUGUGGAUUCAUUUGAAAAAAACUAUCUCUGUAUGAAAGAAUUUAUUAUACAACAUAAAAGUUCAGAGAUUUUCGCCAAACAAGUUCUGUCCAAAGUAAAAAGUCUAGUUUCUUCUCCACUAUUGUUUGGAAAGAGGUUGAAAUGUUUUAUAAACUCUCUAAUGUUCAAUAAUAAACAAGAUGCUAGAUGUUUGUAAUGUACUAAAGAAGAAACUAUAACUCAUUGGUGCUUAGGAUCGACUCAGUAUAAAUGAUUUAGAACUUUAAAUGGACCUACAGCAACAUCUGCUGUUGUGGAGGAUAACUUACAUCAGUACAAUCAUGGCAGGAGAGAGUUCCAAAAGUCAUAUCUUUAUUUGGUCUUGAACAUUUUUUGUACUUCAAAGACAUGUUGUUUUUGUAUAAAUGUCUUCAUUAAUUCUUAAGGUGUAAACGUUUUGUUUUUGCAAACCAUGCUGUGUUUGUUAAUGAAUUUUAGGGGAUUCUAAA